UCACGCUCCUCCUUCUCCCUGAAAGUCAUCACGAGUAUUCUUAAUAGACCCCGCAAGAAAAAAGAGUAUUCUUAAGCCCUGUUCGGAUUCACUCGGCUCCACGGCUGCGACUCCCGGAGUGGAGGGAGCGGCAGUGGAAUCCUACGGAGUGGCUCGGAACCAGCUCCUAGCACGGAGCGGAGUUUUGAAACUGGCGAGAUACCGAACAGGCCUUUAAUAGAGCCGUCUCCGCCGUAAUCGAGUUCCGGUGCACGCGACCUCAUCAGCAGGCCAAGAUGGAGUUCGAUGCAGCGCCACCACACCACGGCUGGACGGUAUCGCCAGAUGCCCACAACGCAUCCCCGUUGCCCCCCGUCGGCCUCGCCCGAACGCGACUCCGUGCCUGGGCCGUGCCGUCGCACACCGGCAGCGCGUCGCCGGCAACAGCAGCACCUCCCGGGUGCCCCACAUCGGCUUCGCCCGGCGGGUCCAAUUUCGAUCGUUCGCGUUGGCGUCGCCUGGCAGCGGGCCAGCGGCUGCCCUCCACAUCCGCCCUGCACCGUCACAGGUCCGCCACGGAUCUUGCCGCUGCCCGUCGUUCAGCUCCUCCUCCCUUUGACCGGUGUGGAUCGCGACGAGGCAAUGGUACUCUAUUCACGUCGACCCGAUUCAUCCCAGGCUGCGAGCUGCAAUCAGGUUCAGAAGCCGAACAGGAACACCGGAGCUCUUGCCAUCCUUCAAGCAUCGGUUAUCGCGUCGGAUCCGUGAUCCGUGGAAGAAGGGAUUAAUUGAUGCCCUGAAUCAUCAUGUACGCAUCUACUCUACUGCGGGGUGAACCCAAUUGCUACUGCCCUUUUCUUCUCCAUCCACCAUGGCAUCAUGAUGUUUCUUCUCCACCGGUACCAAUCUAUAUGCAGGGCAGAUUACUUUUUCAUAUGCUAUUUUAUUUUCUGACAUUAUAUUCCAUAUGCAUGCUACGUGCUGAUUGGUCAAGGGAAAGAAUAAAACAAAGGGUUGUGCAUGUGCU